AUGCCAAAAUGUGUAUAUUGGAAUAAUAAAAUUCCAAUAGCAGACAGACAUAAAACUAAUGCACGAAGAAACAAAAUAAAUAUAAGAAAAGUAUUGUACACUAUUAUAUCCGCCAAUCUCGAAAAUAUAACGAAUUUCAUGGAAAAACAAAAGGUUCCGAACAGGUUAGGAAUCAAUAAAGUUCUAAAAGAUUAUGUAUUGUAG